AAAUGGCUACAGGCAUGACAUUGUCACCUCCUUUCCUUCCCCAUCAAGUCUGGGCAGACUUGCUCUGAUUGUCUCGAUCACACUGAGACAUGCAUAACCAGCCACCGGGAAAUCCACACAAGCAGAGCUGUGAAGCUCCAGGAAACUGACUCAGGCUGACGCCUUUACUUACCUCUUUUUCCUCUUGCACCAGCUGCUGCUGCUCUGACUAGUAGAGCAGUUGAGGCUCCUGAACUCCAGUGGUGCUUUUUGAAAACUAGCUUGCUUCGUUGGAGUUUCUUUGCUCUUGGAGGUUAAAGAUAGCCAUCCACUGUCAUUAAGAAGAAAAUAGACCAUGUGUUUUCUUUAUUGCUUUCUCACGAAAAUACACUGCUAUCAACGUUUGCAAGUGAUCUUGUUUAGCAGCCUCUAACUGGAAACUCCUUUGACUCAGUGAAUUGUGGAAUUGUGGGGAAAGACAGCAAGACAUUUUGAUUUUUUGAGAGAAAUGUCACAAGUCACCGUAGCAACCUAGAUGGGUUCUUUCUGAGUAGCAUUCCCAGGAGAAACCCCCAUCCCCCAGGAAUAGUCUCUGCAAAUUCCAUUUGAGAAGGAGCAAACUGUGAGGAAAUGUUGGAUUCUGUCAAAUGUGUUCUGGUGGGCGAUGCUGCUGUGGGGAAAACAGCCCUGCUGCUGCGCUUUAUUUCGGAGACAUUUCCGGAUGCUUACAGGCCAACUGUUUAUGAAAACACAGGAGUUGAUGUUUUCCUGGAUGGCAUCCAGAUUAGUUUAGGCCUUUGGGAUACUGCUGGCAGCGACUCUUUCAAAAGCAUUCGUCCUCUUUCCUAUCAACAGGCUGAUGUGGUAUUAAUGUGCUAUUCGGUGGCCAAUCACAGCUCAUUCCUAAGCUUAAGGAACAAGUGGGUGACAGAGGUCAGAACCCACUUGCCUCGAAUCCCAAUUUUAGUGGUGGCUACCCAGACUGACCAAAGGGAUACAGGUCCUCAUAGCGCAGCCUGUAUCAGCCCAGUGCAUGGCAAACGACUGGCCAAGGACAUCAGAGCUAAGGGUUAUGUGGAAUGCUCAGCCCUCACCAAUCGAGGAGUUCAACAGGUAUUUGAAUAUGCUGUCCGGACAGCAGUAAAUCAAGCAAAAAAACGAUCAAGAAGGAAUAUUUUUUCAGUUAAUGAAUGCAAAAUUUUUUGAAUGCCACUCUGCAUCAAUUUCUGCCUUCAUGUCACUGAAUGAUUUCAACAUUGAAUGAAGAACAGCAUCCCAUUUUCUUAGCAUUAGGAUGGGCCAUUCAGCAUUGGCAUCUGGAACUUUCUAUGUGAAUACAGCAGUGAUGCCAUCUGAUUUCCAGCUGCAUAAACUGGAGACUAGGAGUAGCAAUCCAGACCCUAAUUUCUUAUUAAGAUGGGAAUAUUAGAGUUAUUUACUACUAGAGGUUUUGUAGGUUUCAUGAAAUGAAUUUGCCUUCUACAUUUAAGAUAAUGGAUGGAUAAUUUAUAUAACAGACUUAACAGGCCUGGAAGUUGGAGAGUAUAGAAAUAUGUGAAAUAAACAAAUAAAACCAAUUAAAUGCCCUUUUUUCUCCCAACAUAUUGUAGCGAUUGUUGUCUAUUACCUAUUCGGAACAUUCUGUUACUGGUAUCAAUCUAUUCUACCCUUUGCAGGUCAUAGAUCAGAUUUCUGGAGAAAAGAAAAUAUAGAUAUACCAGCUAAUUUCAAAUUGGCUUAAUUUCUAUUUUAUAUCAUUCUGCCCGAAUGGGAUAUUGCCCUGAUAGUUCUACUUUCAAAAACAAGCUGCCAUUGUGAAAAUCAGAUAUAUAUUAUAUCCUGUGGCUUAAGACAGAGAUUAGCUCUGAAUAGCUCUGGUGUGCCUAUUAGGAUGUGGAUGGAGAUCUUGAGACUGUUACUCCCAUUUUUAAAUCACAAUGCAGUAGAAAUAAUAAUAAUAAUAAUAAUAA